CGGUUCUGGUCAAAGCGUCUUUGGCGCUUACUGGUAAUUUUUCCAGUUUUUCCCAGUUUUAACCCCGUUUUGCACCCAGUUUUUUGCCUUUUUAUUGUGGUCGUUUAACUAUUGCAUACGUGUUAUAAUCACUCUGUUUUCCACUAUGUCGGUCUCGCAAUGCACCGAGGCUGUUGUUCCUGAUGGCUCGGAUUCUGAGGUUAUCGCACUUUGUGGCGGACCAAGCUGCAAUGUACCAGUAACUGACGAUUCAGGCGGUAUGCAAUGCGAUGUCUGCAACCGAUGGUACCAUCAGCUUUGUACGGAGCUAAAUACCGAGCAGUACGCAGCGCUGGCCUCUAGCGAAAAGUUGCUGUUCCGUUGUGCCAAUUGCUGCAGCCGCCGGCAAGGCCGCACAGCCUUUCGUACGAGAGAUGAAUCUCUUGAUACCCGGCUGCGAAAUGUAGAGCGUUCGUUCUCGAUGCUCUCUGAUCUUCGCUCUAAGAUUGAUCUGCUUAUGACGACGCUUCCGGUCUCCAACAAAGCAGAUUUGAUCGCUUACACUGAUGAUCAGCUUGUGGCACCUAUCAUUAUGUCACCGGUCCAGAUGGCUACCGACCACAAAAAUGAAGCAGCUUCGGACGUCGUAUCUAUACCUACGCUGAUCGAU